AUGGCAGAGAGAUGGUCGUUGAUGCCCCGCGCUACACCCACAAAUAUCGCUGAAAUCGGAAGUAAUGGGAAGCUGACUGUACUUGUUGUAUGCACGGAGUUAGACAGACUGAACCAGUCAUCUCCCAUAGGAAUUUUCUGCGAAAUGGCUAGAGGAGCUGCUGAAGAUUUGAGGAAGAACGAAUACUUGUAUUCGCGUUAUCAGUUUGCGUGGUUGGAUGGACCCGAAGUUGCUACCAACAUUGUAAUGGGGAACAUGGAACCUCCCAAUAUCCUGGUGUUCAACUAUACGACUUAUGAGUUCUACCUAAGCGAUGAUGAACCUCAGAAAAUGACAAGGGCAUCUAUAGUUACAUGGCUCAAUCAGCUAGCUGAUGCCAUUGAGAAAAACACAGCGGUUGCUCAAGGAGGUUGGGACAUGUUUUGGCUUCUUCAUGGCUUUCAUUAA